AAGUCGGUUGUUACUUCAGCAAUUACACUAACUUAUUUAUCAACGUCUGAAAUAACAACAAAGACAAUUUGUCAUCUUGUCAGUCUCGCUUAAAGAUUUUUCUCACGUUUAUUCUCCAUCGCAUCUUUUUUUUAUGCUUCGUUUAAUCUUACCCGUACUUUUUGUUUAUUUUACUCUUGCGUUAUCCUAUUUUACUUUUAUUUUUUAAAUUCUAAACUGUAAAUAAACUGUAAAUUGCCUAAGUAACUUACAUCGCAAUUUGUUUUAUUGCGUAAAUUGAUAUAUUGCUUCGCAUGCCACAAGUGUCUUGUCAAUGCCGGAUUUUUUAAGCUUUUAAUUAUCUCGUUAAGUGUGUGGUCGAGUAUAAAUUUUGUUUCUUUUAAUUACAGGCAUCGGUAUAAUUAAUUGUUUAUUGCUGAUAUAUUAGUUUGCAAUUUGUUUUAUAUAAAUUCAUAUAUUCUCUUAACGAGGCUUUUAUCUAUAUCAAUAUUUUAAUGAUAUUCUCGUCAUCCUUUAAUGUAUAUCCCUAUUUUGGCAUACUGCCACAUGUGUGUUUGUUAAUUUAUUCACCAUGACAAGCUUUGCAUUGAACGAUUUUAAUGAGCUCGAAAAACCGGACGUUAAAGUUUGUUCGGACAAAAGUGCCAAGUGGUCACAAUGGAAACAAUGGCUUGCAGUUAUUUCAGCAACAUUAUCAAUGGUAGCUGUUGGUACUGUUUACGGAUGGUCAACGACAAUGUUACUGCGCCUGGAAAAGGGAGAAAAUGUUCCGAUGAAAAUCACCGGUAGCGAGAGUUCAUGGGUCGUGUCAUUAACAGUAAUUGCGUCAAUGUGCGGUUCAUUUCUGGGUGCCUUCCUAGCCGAUUAUUUUGGACGGAAAGUUUGCUUGCUGUGCUCAAGUAUGUUUUUCAUCAGCGGGUGGUUCGCCAUAAUAUUCGCCGUCAGUGCCAAUACCCUGUACGUAGCGCGUAUUAUCCAAGGGAUAAGUGUUGGUAUCUCUUAUACAGCGAAUCCCAUGUACGUGUCUGAAGUUGCCGACACCAACAUACGAGGUGCGCUGGGUACACUAAUAGCCGUUAAUGUCUUCACCGGUUCACUGCUUACAUGCUGCGUCGGGCCCUACGUGUCAUACAAGACACUAGGAAUCGUUUUGCUGGGAAUACCGGUACUAUUUGUCGCGACGUUCGUUUGGUUUCCAGAGAGCCCCUAUUAUUUGGCGAUGAAAAAUCGCCACACUGCUGCUGCCAAAGCCAUUGCAUUUUUCAAAAACGUUGAUUUAGAGACAGCGCACCGCGAGUUGCAGAUAAUUGUUAACAAUAUUAAUGAGGAGAAAGCGCAGUCGGAAAAUUGGAAAAUAAAAAUACGUCAUUUGUUGUCAUCAAAUAAUCGCAAAGCGUUUUUUAUUGUGCUCAUGCUGAUUGUUGUCCAGCAACUCAGCGGUAAUUUUACGACAAUGCAAUUUUUGACUCAAUUAUUCGAGACAGCGAACGUGGGAAUAGAUGUUAAUAUUGCGACGAUAAUUGUUUUUGCCGUAGGUCUAGUUUCUGGUACACUUGCCACCAUGACUGUUGAACGGGCUGGCAGACGUAAAUUACUAAUGUGGUCAAGCUUUUCAUGCGCCGCUGCAUUAGCAAUUCUUGCAACUUAUUUAUUUUUCAAGUACUUAAAAUAUAAUAUUGAAAGCAUUAAAUUAUUGCCAUUGUUUGUGAUUGUUUUGUUUCAAAUUGUAUACCAAAUUGGUCUCGGCACCCUUCCAAAUGCUAUUAUCGGCGAACUCUUCCCCACGAAUGCCAAAGGGGUCGCUGCUGCGGGAAUCACUAUUUCGGACGGAAUUUUGGGAUUUUUGGUCUCGAUAUUUUACAAACAAAUUGAAGACGCCUGGGGCACUCACACGCUUUACUUCUCCUUCGCCAUGUCCUGUUUUAUCGGAUUUAUUUUCGUGGUCUUCUGUAUACCGGAAACUAAAAAUAAAUCUUUCUUGGAGAUACAACAAGAAUUAUCGAGACGUGGAUUUAGAUAUAACAGGAGUUUUAAAGAGCAAAAAGAAACUGAGGAUGUAUUAUCAUCCGGUAAUUUAUCUAUUGCGCCAACGACAUUUUCGACUAAUUAAUUCCCGCACCGACUAAUUAUCAGGCUAGUUUAAUUGAUUUAAUUGAAUAAAACCAAAUAAUGCUUAAUUUAAAAAUGGCUUGGAGCAAAAAAAGUUACGGGAACUUUUUAAUUGAUUGUCAAUUAUAAAAGAUUUAUUGUUCAAUUAUUAAAUAAAGCCAAUUGCGCCAAUUGCUCUAGGUGUAUCGUUAAGUAUACUUACAACCAAUGCAAUUUUAUUUAAAAUAAAUCGAGUUCAAAUUUCAAAUCUUUCAAUACUUAUUAAUUUAUGUAUGAAUUUUUUUAUUUUUUUCCGGUUAUGUACUUUUUUUUACGGGUAAUUUAAAGUUAAUUGUGUUAAAUAUCAAUUGUAUUUAUUAAUUAGUCAAAUGAAUGUUUGAAAUUUAAAUUACUAGCAAUAAUUAUUACCGCAUUUAAAAUAACUUGCGCUCUUGUGAGCAAUUUUUUAACAAAGAUAAAUAUUUUUACAUGGAAAUUAACAAAUAUUAAAUAGUUUUAAAUAAUUAGUGUAACUUUUAAGUAUGUGAGGUAUUUUUAAGUAGACUCCAACAAAAUAAAUUAUAAAAAAUGGCGAGUACGUUAAAUAAAAAUGUAUAUUAUCUGUUAAUAGGAUGAAAUAGUCUGUUAUUAAAUAACUCUGGUAGUUAAUAAAAUUUCUGGUCUGAAAAGCAAAAUCUGCUGUACGCUCUCGACAUAAUCUUUUAUAGAAUAUAUAUUAAUAUAUAUUGUGGAAUUAAAUAACUUUUGUACAUGAUGUAGAAUACGUUUGAAAAAAAAAAUUAAAUUACUUAUACUUA